GAACGAGUUGGAAACGUGUUGAUCUUCCACGUUCUUGAAAUUCAAAGCAACUAAAAUUCCCGUCAAGCAAACGCAGAGCCGAGUUAGUGAUCUGUGGCGAAGCAGAGGCUGCUGCGCCACUCUCAGUCCGCAUGAUCCACGACACUUGAGCUCCAAACCAGGCAAUCUGGAUAAAUAAAGUGCUUUUUUUGUCCCUCAGAUCAAUGAAGUCAUGGGGCCCAUCCUGUUUUAGACAAAUGUAGGUUUGUUGCCAUAGCAGAGUUACCUGGGAAACCGAUCAGCUGGUUUAAACCCAAAGACGGAGAGACAAAGAAAAAGACGAAACACGCAGCACUUAUUUUCUGCUGCGCUGCGUGUGUAUUUAUAUCCUCCCGAACACCAGCCUGUUCUUAAUCUAUGUGUUGACGCACAAAAGCUGAAGCCAUUUGCAGCCUGCAGAGUUCUUUUUUAUUUAUUUAUUUUAUUUUUAUUUGGAGACACUCUCACAUAUCCUGUCUUGCCCCGAGAACCACCGAUGCGCUCAAAAAUAGAUGCAACAGAAACAUUUCCUGCAAAAACAAACAAACAAAUAAAGAAAGAAAACAGUUCUUUCUUUAUUUGAUGAAGAUGAAGUAGAGCUUGGGCUGCGUAAAACAAGCUCAAUUACACUUGUGUAACUUCAGACGCAACCAGUGCUCCUCUUACUGGUUCUACUGGGAGAACACGGAGUGCCACAGGUGGAUCUUAUUGGUCAGCCGAAGCGUCUGUGCUGUCCAUAAAAACGCACAACAGGAGCUCAGGAGCGGAGACCGAGCAUAAGGGCGCAGAGCAACCGCGCCACGGAGCUCACACCACGGCCGUGUGUCCAGAGAAAACACGUAUCACUGCAGGACUACACGCAGAGGAGCGCAAAAAGAGGACGCCACGCUCUGAAACAAGCCUAGGCUCCUGAGUGAAACCCGCCCCCCUGCUCCUGCCUCCGUCUGGUGGGAAAAUGUGGGUUCUGGAUAAGAUCCGUGGCUCGGUGGAGACCAAUGUGCUGCGACAAGGAGACAACGGUGACAGGAAGGCUGCCGCUGCACCAUACAGCAACGUGCUCACUCCCGACAAGAUCCCAGACUUCUUCAUCCCCCCAAAGCUGGUCAGCUGCCCCCCAGAGCCCGAGGUGCCGAGCAUCAAGCCCAAAGAGGGGCUGCAGCCGUCCACUUCUGAGCAAACCAUCAGCAGCACCAGGAAGAUCAGCAAUCCGAGGAGCCCUCGCCUGGUGGCCAAGAUCGCAGGAGAUACAAAGAACCUGCUGAGAGCAGCGAACCGCCACAUCAUCCAGAUAGAGAGUGCGGAUGACGUCGUGGCUGGGGACACCAAUGCAGACCCCCAGUCGCAGACCGCGAUGUCUCUGCCAUACGUUCCCAAGACUCAGACAUCUUAUGGCUUCGCGACCCUGAAGGAGAGCCCCCACACUCGACGCAAAGAGUCCCUGUUCCACUGCGAGCUGACCAGUCCCAUCACUUCCCCAAACACCCAGAGGAAGACUCCAGGGAAGGGCAGUGAGACAGGGAACCAUCUGACCCCCGCUGACUGCAACACCUCCCACAUAAACCCCUACCGGUACUUCAGUGGUGGAGAAAGUGACACCUGCUCUUCCGCUGAGUCCUCCCCCUUCAGCUCGCCGUUGCUGUCCCGCUCCGCCUCCCUCCUCAAGAUCUUCACGCACGAGACGCAGGCCAAAGUGGCGAAAGCCAAGCGGACGCUGGCUCGCCACAGCUCCCUGUCGACAGACGAAUGCAGCUCGGCCGAACCCAGCCCCAACAUCCAGCGGCGGCUCCGCAUCCCGUCCCUUCACGGCGCCGGAGGGGCGUCCGACCACGGCCUCCAGCGGGAGCACACCAUCAACCUGCACAAGGGCGGCACGGUGAGGAUCAGCGCCAACUACGACUCCGGCACGUCACGCCUGCUCAUCCGGGUCCUGGUGGCUGAGAGUCUGUAUGACAAGCACGUCGACAUCAAAAGCAUCAACUGCUGCGUGUCUGUGUACCUGAACCCAGGCAAGCUGCAGAAGCAGAGGAGCAACAUCAUCAAGAACAGCCGCAACCCGGUCUUCAAUGAGGACUUCUUCUUUGACUCCAUCAGCUCUGUUCAGGUGAAGAACCUUUCUGUGAAGUUCAAGGUGGUGAACAAGGGCACCAGCCUGAAGAGAGACACGCUGCUGGGAGAGAGGGAGGUACCACUAGCAAAGUUGCUCUCAGGGCUCUAAAACCACAGCAGAUGGAGUUUAAGCUGAUAACUUGGGAUUUUCAAAGAGCAGUUCUGAUAAAGUUUACAAGCAGUUACCAUGUGACGUACUGUAGAUGACUCUCGAGGCAUCUUACUUUAGCUUAAAUCCAGAUCAGUCGGUCAUCGUGGCUGAAGCUGUCGCUAGUCUGAAAUUAGCGACCAAAGUGGAUUCCUACAAAUCAGAUCUCAAAAACAACAUUGUGGUUUAUGAAAACUUGAUUUUAAUUACAGUCAUCUGUGAUUAUUUACAUUUUACACAGGAAGUGGAGCCAGCGCAUCUGCAAUGAUCUUCCUGUGUGAAACAUAAGAAGAGAGAAAAACACAAAAAACUAAGAUCUAUUUCCUUAAUUUGUCUUGUUUUUCCAUCACGUUAAAAGCUCUAAGGUUCUGGUACCAUUUUGUCGGUCCUCUGCUGACCCGGUUCUGUCAAAGCUGCUUCUGACCUGAAACCUGCUUGGCCCUGGUUAGACCAGCUGUUUAGCUUCAGGCUCUGGGACCCACAAACUUGGAUUUAUAAUAAAUAAAGAUGCCAAGAGUUAUUUACUGCAGGUAAGCUAUUAACCGCUUGUAACCUUCCCACAGAACCUCUUCUGACUGAAGCUGUUCUUUGGUGUUUGCACUGUUUUCUCCAUCACUCAUUGACUUUAAUCUAUGAAGAAGAAAAGAUUUCACCAUAAGCUCCCUGGUGUACAAGAAUGGAGGAUUUAAUCCACUUCUUCUCCUAAAAAUGGAUUCUCACCGAACCAAACUGAACCCAACAGCACCAGAUGAAUGUGGCAGAUGAAAGCUCUCCAUUCUGAGCACGUCUCCCGGCUGAAUGUCCUGAGCCAGGCCCCCCUGGCUCAAAGGUUGGACAGCACCUGUGCGUCAGGCCGUCUCCUGUCCUCCAGCGCCAACGUCCUCGUUGUGGUUUUAUUAUUGUAAUGUGUGACUGAAAUCCGCGGCAGCGCAGGAUUUUUUACAUCGGCUCCGCCAUCUGCCGGCACAGAGAUGCUUUUGUGAAGGAGUGCGCGCUUUGAAGUGGCCCUAGAUCCUGAUGUGCAAAUGAUCCUUUGAUGUGCACGGCGAAGGCAAGGAGCGAAAAGAGUGCCCACAUUUACAUGCACAUCAAAAAUGGAAUUACAAUAUGAGUGAUUAAGCAAAGGACUGCUAUGAUCUGAUUAAACUUGAUUAAAACACUCAAAAUUAGAAAUGUUACACAACAACCAAGACCUGCUUCUUCACCAGUAUCGCACCGUCGCAGUUUUGCUUUCGCAGACCCGAUCCGACCAAGGUUAAAGCAACAAAAACAGACCUGUUUUUAACCGUGUUGCAUUUAGACGGUAAUUUAUGUAGCAUCCUGUUACUGCACUCGGUUUCUGCUUCAAAUUUCAUUCGUUAGCUGUCAGCUGGAGUACAAAUAUUUGGGGGAUUAAAAUCUCACUCAGCAAUAUUAAAAUCCAUUACCUCAACAUACCUAAUUUGUCCAAUAUCAAUACAUUACAAAGUUAGAGCUUCUUUUAACCUGUCGCCACAUCUGCUGUAGUUUCACUUUCUGUGACUUUCUUUAAAUCUACUGAUUAGAAAUCACACAUUUCCAAGAACGGUGAAGAAUGUACUUUGGGAGGAACAUUUUCAGCUGUCUUCUUUAAAACCCUCGCUUCAGAAUAAUUAGUUUUCUCUCCAAAAGUGAUUAUACACUAAUAUAGAGAUGCCUGUUUAAAAUCACAAAAUACCUCUUGCUUGGGAGGCUCCCAACAAAGUUUUACUAGAAUAUAUUUUGACAAACUGAAAAUCCACUAUGUAAAAAGAUAUGAAGUAAAAUGCUGGCACCAGUAAUUCUAAAUCAAUUAAUGCAAGAUUAUUUCAUAAAUGUGGAGUUACCGUAUUUAUCUGAUUUUCAACAUUGUGAAAAGAAAUGAUAAAAAAAAAUCUAAAUCUAUGGUAUAACUUAACUAGAUAAAGUAGAAGAUUCAAACAUCAAGGCGGUCAGGAAUGUCAUGAAAAGACAAUAGAUUUUUCAGAUCUAUUGUAAAAUCUAUUGUCUAGAUCUCUGCAAGCCACAGAUCAAGCCUGGAUGCCUGAUAUCCAGGCUUCUGCUGAAAAACAUGCCGACAUAUCAGAAGUUUAUGUUGUAAACAUAAUUUCCUCAAAUAAGGUCGUUGUCAAACCACAUGUCAUAUUCUGAGAUUAUGUUUUAGGGCAGAUUUGGAAGGGUUUUGCAAUAAAUGUGUCUCUUUUGAUGCUGAGUUAGUGGAGAACUGGACAGGACUGUGAAAGGAAAACAAAGAGAUGCAUUGAGAGCCUGGAUUAAACUUGAAUCUGUUUUGAGGAAUAACAAUAUUAUUAAGCCUUUGUAUAUUGGAUAGCAGAUUAGCUCAAAACUCUAAACAUUACUGUGUGUAAAUAUAGUUUUCACUGGUGUCCCUUGAAAGGCUGCAUCCAUAGCUCAGAAUAAACUGUCUUCAAUUUUUUUCUACAGUUAAAUAUUGUAAUGACAUAACUAUUUUAACCAAUAUUUCCUUACAUAAACACACAUUAACCCUUAAAGAAAGGAGGUGAUACAUGCCUGGAAAAAGAUAAAUAAAAUAAAAAAUACACAACCACAUAUUUCUUCUGGAUCAGGAGACAUUUUUGAGAUUAAGGGUUGGAAAUACAAAAACAAAACAAAAACCUCUCAGUUUUACUGAAAUUACCUGUAAAAAUAAAAAUUCUCUGAGUGAAACAUGAGAGGAUUUAUGCCCAUUAACAUCCCUGAACAAAUGUAUCCCAUUGUUUGAAAUAUUGCAAAGUUGUAUCAGGGACAGAUGACACAAUUUGACCCUAAAGCAUAUAUACUCAUUUAAAAGGUAAACAAAAAGACUACCACUCAGGUAAAGUGCACUCUAGUAAUAUAAAGGCUAGUUUGGAGGAAGAGGAAAAAAAAUAUCAAACUGAUGCAUUUAUGCGAGAGCAUAAAACAGCAAUAGGAUCAGCAGCAAGAUGCAUCAUGAUCUUGCUGCUUUGGAGGAUUUCGCUUGAGUUAAACUCCGUCCUGCAACUCCAGUGGUUUGUUCAAAUCCAGCGUUAGAAUCAGAAACUAUUUUAUUCGGAUUCAAACAGCUUCUGGCAAUCUCCACGGAAAAACAAAACAGACCACUGGACGGUCUGAUUAGGAUUUUAUAUGGUGUGGGUGAAGGUCUUGGAAAAACAACAGAUUAGUGUUUGCAGUAAUAAAUGCAACAUAUCUAUUUGUUUGAUGAAGCUUGUUUAGCCUCAUGAUUGAUUUUCCAGCUGCAGCUGCCCAGUGUGGGCAACAACCUGAUUAAAUCUUGUGCAGCCGAGCAACAGGCACUCACUAAAUUGGCACAUGACUAUCAUCAGUCUGACUGCUGAUACCUUACUGGACUCUCAUAUCAGCUUAAACGCUCUUCAAUGGUCAAUUUUUCUCCACUUUAAUCAAGCCUGUUAAAUUAGCACAUGUUCGGUAAAACUUUGAACGCUGCUUCAGCACAUUUGGAGUGAUGUUGUUGGCAGGAGGACAAAAGACAAGUUCAUUAAACUCAUUAAACCCUGUAAAUUUUAUUUUUAUUUUUUCAAAGUCAGCCAUCGACGUAUGCAACCAGUCUUUUGCUGUAGUGCCUCUGUAUUAGCAGUGUGCAUGUAAAUGUGUUACUUUUUUAAAUAUAUGAGAUUAGAGCAUUGGCGUCAGUGCGUUACCGGCUGCAUGGUAUCAACAUGUUACUGGUGUUUGCAUGACAUGCUCAAAGUUUUCUGAAACCCUAAAGCCUUACUCUGUGUGUGUGUGUGUGUGUGUGUGUGAGAGAGAGAGAGAGAUGGUGAGAAAGUUUGGAUGUGUGUUUGAGCCGCAUGAUUUUGUCCAGAGUUGUUCACUUUCUAUCUGUAAAGUGGAGUUUUUUCUUUUUUUGUAAAAUGCUUUUGAAACUUGCCGUAUGUUGGACUUGCACUGUAUUUUAUCUAUUCGCUGUAAACAGGAGUUAACGUUUGUCGAACGACUUAAUUAUGCACCAGCUAGCAAGUGCUGACGAGCCCGUCGGUGAGAGAGAGAAAACAGACAACACAGACAGCAAAGCAAAGCGCCACAGAGAGCAGCAACACAAACGUGAACGGCAGCCCGCUCCUUUUCUGUGGCGCUUCUGAAGGAAUUGCAAAUGAUUGCAGCAGCUCCGAGUGAGAGAGAGAGAAAAGGAGUGACGCUUCUGUUAAAGACUUUUCCUCCACACGGCGUGUGCCGCCCACCUGUAGCUCCCCUGUUGAUGUGCUCUAUAUUACUUCGCUUACAGUGACGCUGUUGGCCGUUCUCUGAUGGGGUAGAUUUGGUGAAAUGUUGUAAUCUCUGCUGCCUUCUUGUGUUGAGCUGCUCGUAGUCUUGCUGUACUUUGGAUUCAAGCUCCCGGUAAAACCAAACUAUAUCUCUGAGGCUUCUUCUAGCAUGGCUGAACUUCCUCAGAUGUGGCUGUGCUCAAUUUUAGCAUUUUUUUUUUAAAUUGUGCUUUUUGUACAUUGAGGUAAAACUUUGCUUCAGUCACAAAGAGUGAUUGUUAUAGUAAUGCACAUGAUAGCUGUGAUUUGCUGAUUGUUUGAUAGUGUCUUUCUCUUUUACAGCUGUACAGUAGUGCUCUGCUAAUUUCAAUCCCUGUUUUCUGAACAAACUGUUGCUAUUAAUGACCCAUUGCACCUGAACCCGACUUUAAAAGAAAAAUGAAAGUUUAGCUUUUAUUUUAUAGGCAUUGAAAGUGUAGGCCUUGAAAUAGAUAAAACAUUUAUUGCACCAGCACUGUGUCAAACAGAAAUAUGUUGAAAAAUCCAAACUUUCACUUGGGUGUUCACCCAAUAAUGAAAGUAAUAUGUAAGUAAAUAAUUGAUCUCUUACAUCAUUUUGAAUGUACACUUCAUUUAAUCAGCCUUUUAUUUGCUUUUAACCAGGAUUUUGUAACUUUCUAAUUUCUUGCAAUGUUAAAAUUACUUGAAACAGGGGCCUGUUUCAUUAAGACACUCUUCAAAAUGGGAAAGACAAGAGAGCAUGCCAUUCUUAAACACUGACAGCCACAGCAAUAGUUCAAAAGCUUCAAACAAGAGGAGCAAAACUCUAAUUGUGGAGGCUUUAAACAUGGAGGCCAACAUUGCAAGGUUAAUUAAUUUUCCUUGUCAAGUUUUACAAAAUUUGUUUCAAACCCAUUUUUUUUUACUGAAUGCAGUUGUUACAGAUCAUUUCCUCCCUGUAAUAAAAGUUUUAUUUAACAGAUGGUUCUACUUAUGGUCAGGUUGAGGUGCAACUUGUUAGCAAAUCAUUUAUUUUGGAGUUCAGCUGCCACAUUUUAGGGAGUAGAAUGAUAAUACUGAGAUAAUGAGAGAUAACAAAUUGACUCCUGUGAAACAUUUGUAAAUUACGAUCUUUAAUAAUCACAAUUUCAAUACCAGUGACCUCAUGUUGGUCGCAUAUGUUGACAGAUAUUCACGGAAUUUUUUUUCUACAAUAUCAGUAAAAAAUACAGAUUGGGAAACUGAAAUACCAAGGUAUGACGCUACUUGAUGCGCUAUUGGCUGGUGUUUUCAAAGCAGCCAGUCCUGGAAUCCUGGACUGCCAUUCAUUUUCCUUAUUUCCAAGAAGGAGGACUGUAGAUGUUAGCUUUUGCGGUACUGGAAAGACAGUUUUGACUGAAACUGGCAAAUAUAAGCGUAAAAUUUUUAUAGACUGUGGUCCCAAACCCCUGUGAAUGCCUGGAGUCCACAUACCUUAAAGCAAACAACAACAACAACAACAAAAAAUACAUAAUAGAAAAAAACUUAAAAUCCUCAGACUAGUACAAAUUGGUGCCUGGUUAUAGGAAAGAGUCCAGGCUUCUUUUGGAGCAGAAGGUUUUUGAGAAAGGUAACUAAAACCGCAGAUUUAAAUGUUGACAUGACCACCAAACAAGGCCCUUCUCUGGCAUUGCAGAGACAUUUAAGUUACAAUAUCAAACACCUAUUUAGCUUUUUUAAAGAAAGUAAAAGACUGAUGGGAUCAUCUUCUGCCAACUUUUUACCUUUUACAGCAAUUUAGCUCCAAGGUCUCGAUGAACAUCAGACAAGGUGAAAGCAAAGCAAAAGUUGCAGCUUUACAUUUCUCACUGAGUUUUGAAACAAAAAGAACAUUGUGUCCACAUUGUUCUGCAGCAGAGGUAAAAGUUUGACAUGCAGAAAACUCUCAGGCAACACGGAGGGUUUGAGUCACGAGCCACUGAUAAAGUUGUCGAAGGGUGGAGUUGAAAUAAACCUGCAGAACCACAUGAGUUAGUUCUCCACUCAGUUUCCCCUCGGUCAGCAGAGUUCACAGCUCUUCUGUCUGAGUCCCUUCUACAACUUUAUUCCAUUUUUUAAAUUAUUUGAUGGUGUUUGAUUUGUACUUUCUGCUCAUUUUAAACACCAAAGAAUUUAAUAUUAAGGAAACUGGAAAACAAUCAUCUGCUUUAAACUCAAACCUGAAUCUACAGAGGAAUUAUCAGCAUUAACUUUCCCUAAUGGCCAUCCUGCUGCUGUGGCUCAAAUCUGUCCAUUCAACAGAUUUCUAAUUAGACAAAGGGCAAAGAGGCUCUGCUGAUGGCAGUUUAAAUAAGAAACCCAUCAAUAUCCAUGUAUGUGUGUUUUACUGACAGUGAUUUUGUUUUCUUUUGGCUUGUUGAGAUUUUGUUUUAAAUGAAACUGUAAAUGUGGUGAUGUUUCCCCCCCCCCCCUGUCUUGAGAAGUUUGCUCUGACAGAUGAAGCUGAAAAAGUGCCAAUCCUAUACUUGACUCUUGAUCCUUAACUUUUUUUUAAACGUUGUGUAGUAGUUACUGUGCUGUUUCUGAUCUUUGUGGUUAAUUACGUUCACACUGUGACGUUACGACAACUGACAGCUGUUCUCUCUCUGUGUGUUAAUGGGUUGGAGAUACUUUCAAUAAAAAGUCACUGCAAUCA